AUGAAGCCCGAAGUUGUCGCCAUCCAAGAGCGUGACAGUGCUUCUGGCGCUCCCCGUCGAGAACUAGGUGUCACUUUCCAGAACCUUACCGUCGAGGCUGUCCGAGCCGAUGCAGCUAUCCACGAAAAUGUUCUUUCUCAGUUCAACAUCCCAAAACUGAUCAAAGAAUCUCGACAGAAGCCGCCUAUGAGAAAGAUUCUCGACAACGCCCACGGAUGUGUCAAGCCGGGAGAGAUGCUCCUCGUUCUGGGUCGUCCCGGAAGUGGAUGCACCACUUUACUCAACAUGCUGGCCAAUAGACGGAGUGGAUAUGCUCAGAUUUCAGGAGAUGUCUCUUUUGGCUCCAUGAAGGCUGAGGAAGCAAAACGCUACAGAGGCCAAAUCAUCAUGAACACGGAGGAGGAAAUCUUCUUCCCAUCCCUGACUGUUGGGCAGACUAUGGACUUUGCGACGAGAUUAAAGGUCCCAUACAAGUUGCCCAACGGCAUCACAAGUCAGGAAGAAAUCCGCCAAGAAUCGCGCAGCUUUUUACUGAAGUCUAUGGGUAUCGAGCAUACCGUAGAUACCAAGGUCGGCAACGCAUUCGUCAGAGGUGUUUCCGGUGGAGAGAGGAAGCGAGUUUCCAUCAUCGAAUGUCUUGCAUCUAGGGGCAGCGUUUUCUGCUGGGAUAACUCAACUCGCGGUCUCGAUGCUAGCACUGCUCUUGAGUGGGCCAAGGCGGUUCGAGCGAUGACGGAUGUUCUCGGUUUAGCCUCAAUUGUCACCUUAUACCAGGCUGGAAACGGCAUCUACAACCUCUUCGACAAGGUUCUCGUUCUAGAUGAGGGCAAGGAGAUCUACUACGGUCCCAUGCGCGAGGCUCGCCCGUUCAUGGAGAGCAUGGGCUUCAUCUGUGACGACGGUGCCAACGUGGCUGACUUCUUGACUGGUGUUACCGUGCCCACUGAGCGAAAGAUCCGAGACGAGAUGAAAUUCAAGUUCCCCCGUACAUCUGGCGCCAUUCGCGAUGAAUACGAGAAGACACCGUUAUUCGAGCAAGCACGAGCUGAAUACAAUUAUCCUACCACAUCGGAGGCCCAGGACAAGACAAAACUGUUCCAAGAAGGAGUCGCCAUGGAAAAGUACAAGGGACUGCCAGCCUCGAGCUCAUUUACUGUGAGUUUUGGAGUCCAGGUACAGACUUGCAUCAAGAGACAGUAUCAGAUCAUCUGGGGUGACAAGGCCACCUUUUUCAUCAAGCAGUUUUCGACCAUUGUGCAAGCACUUAUCGCCGGUUCUCUCUUCUAUAACGCUCCCGACACUACUGCUGGCUUGUUUGUAAAGUCCGGUGCCUGUUUCUUUGCCUUGCUCUUCAACGCUUUGCUGUCUAUGUCCGAGGUCACCGAAUCCUUCAUGGGACGACCUGUCCUGAUUAAGCACAAAUCGUUUGCCUAUUUCCACCCCGCAGCCUUUUGCCUUGCUCAGAUCGCGGCCGAUAUCCCUGUCAUCUUGGUGCAGGUCUCGGGAUUCUCUCUGAUUCUCUACUUCAUGGUUGGUUUGACAAUGUCUGCGGGCCACUUCUUUACCUUUUGGAUCAUCGUUGUGGCCACCACUUUUUGUAUGACCGCCAUGUUUAGAGCCAUCGGUGCCGCCUUCAGUACCUUUGAUGGUGCCUCCAAGCUGUCUGGUUUGAUCAUUGCCGCUACAAUCAUGUACAAUGGCUACAUGAUUCAGAAGCCGCGAAUGCACCCAUGGUUUGUCUGGCUCUUCUGGAUUGACCCGAUGGCCUAUGGCUUCGAUGCCAUUCUCUCCAACGAAUUCCACGGCAAGAUUAUUCCUUGCGUCGGUACCAACAUUGUUCCCAAUGGCCCCGGCUUCACCGACCCCGGUGCUCAAGCUUGCGCUGGCGUUGGAGGUGCAGUUCCGGGCCAGACUUAUGUUGAUGGUGACUUGUAUCUCAAAUCACUCUCUUACAGCCACUCGCAUAUUUGGCGAAACUUUGGCAUCAUUUGGGCAUGGUGGGCUCUGUUUGUGACCAUCACUAUCGUCUUCACGACCAAGUGGAAGGCAUCAUCGGAGAAUGGACCUAGUUUGGUUAUCCCCCGAGAGCAAUCCAAGGUUGUCAAUGCUCUGCGCCAAGCCGACGUCGAAGGCCAGGUUACUGAAGGUCAUAUCUCAGAAAAGGAUGAUACCAACGUCAGCGGCGGUCAGUCCGACAGCAACUCCACUGAUGACACCGCCGUGGCAGUUCAGGGCAACCUCAUUCGGAACUCCUCAGUAUUCACUUGGAAAGAUCUGUGCUACACUGUCAAGACCCCAACUGGUGACCGUCUCCUCUUGGAUCAUGUGCAAGGAUGGGUAAAGCCUGGAAACCUGACCGCUUUGAUGGGAUCGUCUGGUGCUGGAAAGACCACGCUCCUUGACGUUCUCGCCCAGCGAAAGACUGAAGGUACUAUCCGUGGCUCUAUCUUGGUUGACGGUCGACCGCUCCCAGUCUCCUUCCAGAGAUCUGCAGGCUACUGCGAACAGCUUGAUGUGCAUGAGGCGUAUGCUACAGUGCGAGAGGCUCUUGAGUUCUCGGCGCUUCUUCGACAGGGCCGCGAUACACCACGUGAGGAAAAACUAGCUUAUGUCAACACUAUUAUCGAUCUGUUGGAACUGCAUGACAUCGCCGACACCUUGAUUGGUGAAGUCGGUGCCGGCUUGAGUGUUGAGCAGCGUAAGCGUGUCACAAUCGGCGUCGAGCUUGUCUCCAAGCCCAGCAUUUUGAUCUUCCUUGAUGAGCCCACAUCUGGUUUGGAUGGUCAAUCCGCCUACCACACUGUCCGUUUCUUGCGAAAGCUCGCUGCUGUUGGCCAAGCCGUUCUUGUCACGAUUCACCAGCCUUCUGCUCAGCUGUUUGCUCAAUUCGACACCCUUCUACUAUUGGCCAAGGGCGGCAAGACUGUCUAUUUCGGUGAGAUUGGAGAUCAAGCAAGCGUUGUCAGGGAAUAUUUUGCUCGUUACGAUGCUCCUUGCCCGACUGAGGUGAACCCUGCUGAGCACAUGAUUGACGUCGUCUCCGGAACUCUUUCUCAAGGCAAGGAUUGGAACGAGGUUUGGCUUUCCUCACCUGAGUACUCCAACAUGACCAAGGAACUGGAUCAAAUCAUCAGCGAGGCUGCAGCGAAACCCCCCGGCACCGUGGACGAUGGUCAUGAGUUUGCCACGUCUUUGUGGGAGCAGACCAAGCUUGUCACUCACCGCAUGAACGUUAGCUUGUUCCGCAAUGCUGAUUAUGUCAACAAUAAGUUUGCGCUGCACAUUUUUUCGGCUCUCUUCAACGGUUUCAGUUUCUGGAUGAUUAAGGACUCUGUCGGUGAUUUGCAGCUGAAGCUGUUCACAAUUUUCAACUUCAUCUUCGUCGCUCCCGGUGUCCUUGCCCAGCUGCAACCUCUCUUCAUCCAUCGCCGUGACAUUUUCGAAACGCGCGAGAAGAAGUCCAAGAUGUAUUCGUGGAUCGCCUUUGUGACAGCACUUAUCGUCUCCGAAAUCCCGUACCUCAUUAUCUGCGCUGUCCUGUACUUUGUGUGCUGGUACUACACUGUUGGUUUCCCCGGAGAUUCUCAGCGAGCUGGAGCGACCUUCUUCGUCAUGCUCAUGUACGAAUUCCUCUACACUGGUAUGGGUCAGUUCAUUGCCGCAUAUGCGCCCAACGAGGUCUUUGCCGUCUUGGCGAACCCCGUUGUGAUUGGAACCCUCGUGUCAUUCUGUGGUGUGUUGGUUCCUUACGCACAGAUCCAAGAGUUCUGGAGAUACUGGAUUUACUGGCUCAAUCCCUUCAACUAUCUCAUGGGUAGUAUGUUGGUCUUUGAUCUCUGGGGCCAGGACAUCAAGUGCUCCACUCACGAGUUUGCCACGUUCAACCCUCCCAACGGCACAACUUGUGGUGAUUAUCUGCAGAGCUACUUGGCAGCGGGUCCUGGUGCUGUGGCCAAUCUGAUCAACCCCGAUGCCACGGCCAACUGCCAAGUCUGUUCAUUCACCAAGGGCGAGGACUACCUCCGAACCUUGAACCUGAAAGAGUACUACUACGGCUGGCGCGAUGCUGCUAUCGUGGUACUGAUGGUAUUUAGCUCGUACUCCCUUGUGUACCUGCUGAUGAAACUCCGAACAAAGAUGUCAAAGAAGGCCGAGUAA